AUCGAGACUAAGAAGUACUGCAAAAUUGUUAAAGAUGUACAGUCUACAACAAUAACAACAAAAACACAAACAAAUUACAAGUGAUGAUUGUAGAGAUGGAAGACGGUUGCUCAAUGAAUAUUAAUUAAGAGAAGUCAAUAUGGAAGAUAAAGGACUUUUAAAAAAGUUCUAAAAAUAUAUAUAAAUAUACAGGAAAUGGUUUUAGUUUUACUCUUUGUCAGCUAACUGGUCAAAUGUAUCAACACAACAAACACCAGGAAACAUUGGUGCUUAUGAGACUGGGAUGUCCACAUGACUGAGUCAACUGCCUUCACAAAAGGUUGUGUUUGAAUUGUAAUGCCUGCCCAUAAUAUAAUAAAAAGAAAACUAAUACUGAAACCAAAACUAAAAACACUGUAAACAAUAAAACAAAACUGAAACGAGUUUCCACUCUGGAAACUGACCGAAACUAAACUGAUCUGAAAACAAAAAAUAACCAUACAAAACAAUGCAUAGCUGCUUAUCACAGAAAUCUUUCUUUGAGAAAAGUUUUUAUCUUAUCUAUUUUACUUUGAAGGCAGCCGCCCAUCAUUUCCGGUUCCGCCCCCCGUGUUUGUGUGUGACUUGACGCAGCUGUUUCACUGACAGCGCAUCAAAAGACUGAACACGAGCUGCCAGCAGCCGCACCAGUACGCCAACACGGAGACACCCAGUCCUCCCAUAGCCUGCAGCCAGACUCCACAGCUGGAGGAGCCCGAUGUGUUUAUAACCAGGAACAACAAAGUUAAAGCUUCACAUGAUUUCUGAGUUUGAACGAUGAUCUCCGGCUGAGUUAUUGUGAGGUGGGUCCUGCGUGACGCGGCUGAACCGCCGCACUGACGGUGCGACGACAGCGCUGCUAUCACUGCGGGCUGUGAGGUGCUUCCCUCGGGAUCAAACAGGGUGGUGACGCCACGUACGACGAUACACGACACAAGCAAACAAAAGCUUCGUGUGGGGGUGCAGCCGAGAGGUGAAGUUAAACACAAUGUGAAACCAGCGAUGAUCAACUUGGUGGAAAGUUGGGAGCGACGGCGCAUCAAAGGAAGCACUCAGAAAAAGUGAUGUUUCUGGAGCACGCGACGGCAACUUCAGUUUAACGCCAGCGUUAGUGACGUGUAAAUCAUCUCCGGCAUACUAACUUAGUAAUAUUAUGUGCGAAGUGGCCAUGGAGGAGCAGGAGAGGGAGAUCUCGGACAUGGACCCGCAGGAGUCCUCCACGGUGGUGGCGGAGAACGGAGUCAUGCUGGUGGUCAAUCACAGCCGGAUCCAGGCUCCCUUCAGCGUCGUGCUGGCCACCGUGCUCUACCUUGCAGAGUUCAUCGCCGCCGCUGUGCUCUGCAGCAUGUACCACAAGACCGACGAUACCAUCUGGAUGAGCUUCACCAUCACCUUCAUGCUGCUGCCCGCCGUGCUCAUCCAGCUGGCCCUGACGUUCAUCCACAGAGACCUGGGCCGGGACCGGCCUCUGGUCCUGUUCCUGCACCUGCUGCUGCUGGGCCCUGUCAUUAGGUGUUUCGAGGCUCUGGUGAUCUAUUUCAAGGCGGGUAAAAAGGAGGAGCCAUAUGUCACCAUCUCCAGGAAGAUCAGUCUGAAGAAGGGGCAGGGGAUGCCCAUGGAGUGGGAAAUCGGCCAGUCGGAGCGCAACCUGGCCACUCACAGGAACGCCUUCAAACGUGUCGCGGUCAUCCAGGCUUUUCUGGGCUCUGCGCCUCAACUGACGCUCCAGCUGUACGCCACCAUCCAGGAGAAAUACUUCUUCCCUCCAAGAUUGGCUCUGAUGAUCAUCACCCUGAUGUCCAUCACGUACGGGGCUCUCGUGUGCAGCGUCCUGGCCAUCCAGAUCAGAUAUGACGACUACAAGGUGCGUCUGCGCCCUAUCGCCUACCUGGUCAUGAUCGUGUGGAGAGGCUUGGAGAUCGCCGCCCGGAUCACCGCUCUGGUCCUCUUCAGCACAGCGCUCACACACUGGGUGAUCCUCGUCGGCAUGGUUAACCUGCUCUUCUUCUUCUUCCUCCCCUGGGUCGAGUUCUGGGCCAAGAAAGGCUCGCUGACUGAGACCGUGGAGAAAAACUUCUCUAAGCUGGGCACCACAAUUGUGCUGUGCAUGUUCACGCUGCUCUACGCCUGCAUCAACAUCUUCUGCUGGUCGGCGGUGCAGCUGGACCUCUCCCACCGUGAGCUGAUCGACAGGAAGCAGCACUGGGACCGCCUGGCCAUGUACUAUUGCGGUCGCUUUGUAGAGAACUUCCUCCUCAUCACGCUCUGGUAUUUCUUCAAGUCAGACUUCUAUGAGUACGUGUGUGCGCCGCUGCUGGCUGUGCAGCUGCUGAUCUGCUACAGCCUGGCCGUGCUCUUCAUGCUGCUCUUCUACCAGUUCUGCCACCCCUGCAGACGCCUCUUCAAGUACAACGUGCACGACUGCUUGCACUGCGUCUGCUGCCGUUCUGGAAGUAGAGGAGCGAGAGGGAAGCCACCACCCUCGUACUCUACUGCUGCAACCAUGGUGCUGAUGCCAGAUGAGCCAGUGCAGCUGCUGGACCCCCAGAACUCACAACCCGUCGACCUCACCAGUCAGCUGGAGGAGCGGGAGACGGCUAUAGUUGAAGACAUUAUGGACGCAGCCUGAGAACAGCUUCAUGGGGGAUUAAAUUAACAAUCUCUCUAAUGUAGAAAUGCAUCUCAACCUCAAGACCUCGAGUACUAAAACACAAAAACCAGAGUGUUUUUCAGCUAGUGAGGUGUUAGAGAACAAACUUUUCCUCUUAAGUGCACUAAACUUUAUUCAUUCAUGGUUGUGAGGGUUCAGGUUCACUCCUGACGUCUUUAUCGAGGGUGAUUACGUACGCUCGGGGCACAGCGAGGCCCCAGUACACCAAAGAAUGUAGCAUGUCGAGAUAUGCAGCGAUGCACAAAGGCCGCCUUGAGAGAGCAGCAGUGGGCCGUGCACAGGACUGAGCCAGGUGUGCGGGAAACGUGCCAAGAGUGUCCGAAAGACUGACCGGGACACCCCCAGUUUACUUCCUCUCAGGGUUUUCACACCAUGACUGCCCCCGUUUGCACAUGUUUGCAUCUGCACUAAAGAGACAACACAAAAAAAAAAAAAAAAACAGCAGGAGGGUGAGAAAAGGUCAGACAGAAGAUGAAAUUAGCUUCCUCAUACCCAACUAUAUAAACCUGCUGUGAUGAAUGCCUCUUGUUGUUCACUGUUCAGUCUGGUUGCCUCGAGAAACAGGUUUGACUUUGACAGAAAAUACACAAAACAUGUAAAAACAUGUGUUGAAAAAGACUAGGGAAUAUCAAGUGUGUGUCUUUCAAACUUAAAGGGAUAGUUCAGCCUUUUUUGAAGUGGGGUUGUAUGGGGUACUUAACUAUGGACAGUGUAUUACAAACAGUAGAUGUCAGACGACACAUCCCCAGUGUAGAGAAGCAGGCUGAAGUCGGACACGGAAGCUAAGCAAUGUACUGCUGUGGACAGGGCAGCAACAAAAUGUAUUUCAGCUAGCUAAAAAAAUCAAUAUCAGUUAAAGUGUACACUAUAUUGAGAGUAUUUUCACUGCUUUCCAACGUUAAAAUGAAGCCAUUAUAUUUAUCUCUUCAAAGCCAAACUCCAUUGAGAAAAACAGUGAUUUAACAUAGCUGAGCGCAUGGGCUGCUGGUCUACCGCUGCCUCGAACAGUUAGUUUGCUUGUAUUAUUGUGUUACUUUGGUGUAUAUAAGGGUCAAGUUCAGAUUAACCGAAGUCACACAGUAACACAAACUAACUACCUGACCGAAGCAGCAGUAGACCAGCAGCUCCCGUGUUCAGCGAGCUAAAAUUACUGUUUUUGUCAGUGGAGUCUGGUGGCUUUGACUAGAACAUAGAUGGGGAACUGAAGCCAUUAACUGCUUCCCCAUCGAAAGGGGCUGUGCGACAGGAAGUUAAAGCGGUGGAAAUACUCUCAAUAUAGCGUACACUUAACAUGCUCUCACUCCAACUUCGUCACAUAUCGACAUUUGGUUAUGGACUUUCCACGUCCAGAUACAAGGUGAAAGGUACCUCGGGUGCAUUGGUUGUUGAUGUUCUGCCUGUUACAUGCAUUGUCUUCUUUCAAAAUACACUUCCGUUUUCACAGGAAAUUUAACGUCUCUUUCAAAAUAAACACAGAACGUCGGU